AUGUCGUUGUUGGCGGUUCUCGUACUACUGCUGCCAUUCGUGAGUAUCGUGAGGACGGAAGAAAUUUGCGCCACGUCAAAAGUAAUGGGAUUCGUAACCAGCCCAUACGUGGCCACGUGCAUGUCGGAUGUCGGUAGCAAACUCACCCCGAUCAUGUCCGAACUCUCCUUGGAGGAGAUCAAGCCAUACUGUGACAGCGAUGCUUGCGUGGCAUUUUUAGCUGAGAUUGGAGCAGCGGGACUCGGAGAUUGCAAGAUUCAAGAGAUGAAUGCACACAUGCAGACUGACAUCGUCGAUGCGUUCAAUACAAAAUGCAAAGCUGUUCGAUCGAUGGAGACGUCAAACAACGCCACCGCGAAUAACAUUCGAGACGGGAGCAGCUCAAGCGCCACGAGUGGUACAGUGACGAUUACUGUGAGUUACAUCGCGACGGUCACGCUGAUCACGUUGACGUUGUUGAUUUAG